CACGAAAAAAAUACUUUCAAUAGAAUGUACUUCUUUAGAAACAAAUACCAUUCUGUUAUUGGAGAGGAAUACUGACGCUGUUAAGAUAAAACUGGCUGAAGAUAUACAAGGAAGAUUUAAAUGCAAGAUACAGACUCUUAAAAAUGUUGCCGCAUUUGUAAGCGAAAAACAUGGAAAAGAUACUUACGUAGAAGUGUUCUGUUUUAUGCAACUGUACGUUAAAAUCAAAGUUCCAUCCAUCAGAGUCCUCGUGAACAAUAUAGAGCUGGAGACAGUUCGUAACGAGGAUCCAUCGAAAGAGGUUGAUUAUACGACUGUCUAUGAAUACUCAAAUGAUGACACUGUUCAAGUCAUCUGCCAGACGCUUGAUCAGAAUAAUGCGAAAGUAACACCGCUUCUGAUGGAGUAUGAUUUUGGAGACAGAAUUAAUAAUUUGUUCAAUGCUUCAGAACUAUCAUCAGGCACUGAAGUAGGUUUUCGAACAAAAUUUAAUGAAAAGCAUGACGGCAAAACAAUGUCUUGUCUACAUGACAACCUGUACACACAAAUUAAGUUUUCAUACAGGAAGCAUUUCGAAAAUAUAAUUGGCGUUAAAAUCAAUGGAUUGAAUAUAAGGGUGACGGAUUUGAAACCAACAGGGCGCCGAUACUUUGAGUUCACUUACGAAUAUGACCAAAAUAGUCCAAUUUUACUUGAGUGCGAAAUAUACGUGAAUACUUUAAUUGUCAGCAUUAUUAAUGCUUCGAGUAGCAUGACUAUUGGGAAGCCGGAAUGUGAUGGUCAAAUGAAAGCAAUACUAAAUACGACUUUACAAAACCGAAACCAUACGAUUAAAUGUGCCGCCGAUACAGCAACAUCAGGCCCAGCUGAGCAGGUCGAAAUACUUUUUAUUCCGAAGAAUGAAUCGUAUCGAUUGGAUGUAUUUCUGCCACAAGAGUCUUUCUUGGAAAUUUAUGAGAACGACAGGAAAUUCAUUUUCUAUGAAACUCGGAAUGAUUUUAAUGUGACCCUAAAUUGUACGGCGACUCUGUUCAAAGUAAGGGGCUACGUGGUUUAUGUAAAGUUUGCAAAACAAGUGAAAACCCAUGUAAAUCAAACGGAGGACAUAAAAUCAAUGCAGUUAACACAGGGAUCCAGUGACAAUGCAACAUGUUACCUUCGAGUAUUAGACCCAGACGAUAUUAUUAAGGAAACUGAUAAAAUUUUGAAGGGAGUCACCGUUUAUUUUAUUGUACCCAUUCCAGUUUCAACUUCAAGCGUGUUGACAAUGACAGACAUGCUUAUCAGAGGUGACCCAAAUGCUACUGAUGUCCCGGUUUUCAAAGCAGAUUUAAUUCCAGGAAAAGAAAUAAAAAGUUGGGUGUUCGUCGUCCUUGGUUUAACAACUUUUAUCAUUGUCACCUGUUUUUCAACAAUUGUCUUUCAAAUGAAGAAAGGGAAGGUUUCUCAGAGUGGUCGAAACAAUCCAACAUACGUGAACAUAAAUGGUACAAGUCAAGCUUCUCUCCAGGCCUAUCCAGCACCUUGGGCAGAGAACUACUCCGUGCCUGCUGAUGCCAGAGGAGACAGCACAACCUACUGCCUUCCCUACACUCCUGAGCAAAUCGUCUACACCAUCCCCAUCCCCAAAAAAGAACGAAAGAAGAAACAAGAAGAACAAUCCCACACUUACACCAACGUUCCGAACUUGAUGGAGAAGCAAGGGAAUCCUAUAGAACCCAAUUACGCUCAAGUAGUGCAUGGUAAAGAGCCAAGUUACGCAAAAGUAUUACCGAAGUGUCAAAGAAAAGUGGUGGAUGUUAGUCCUUACUCUUCGGUCAUGGCUCAGGGCUGUUAUGCUCAACCACAGGAACCAAUGUAUUGUGAACCUCAGAUUAAUAAAUAAGAUUUGUAGUU